ACCAACUUACUUCAUAAUAACGGUCCUAAAUCAAUUCUCCCUCCAAAAGAAACAAACAUUCUUCAUUCUUCAUUCUUCAUUAACAUCACCAUCUUCUUCUUCUUCUACUUUGCACAACACAAUCUUCAUCUCAUCAUCUACAUAGUGAGAGAGAGUUUCUCAACUUCUCAUGGCUUCUUCUUGCUGGUGCUGGUUUUCAGUGUACUUCGCCGCAUCUAUCACACUAGGAGUCAUAGCCAUCACCGCCACAAUCCACCCCAGUUCCAAGAACUCAUCACCAUCCCAAGAAAUCACACCCUUAACCCAAUCUCUCUCACGCAAUGCCUCCAGAGCUCUCAGAAAAGCAGGGUACACACACAUGGCUGACCUCCUCCACCGUUCACCACCAUUCUUCCUCCCUCCACAAAACACAACCUUCUUCGCCAUCAAAGACUCCGCAUUCAGAAACACCUCCCUCCCUCGCUGGUUCCUCAAAAGCCUCCUCCUCUACCACACCACCACCACCAAAGCUUCCAUGAAAGACCUCUUACACCACCCCACAGGGACCUGCAUGGAGACCCUCUUUCGUCAAAAGAACAUUUCCCUCACAAAGGUUCAACGAAAAUCACUCGAGAUCAACCAUGUCAAGGUAUCAAACCCUGACAUUUUCCACGGAGAGCAUUUCGUUAUUCAUGGUGUUCUCGCACCGUUUUCUCCCCUGCGUCGUCAAGAUCUUCAAGGAGGUUCCGAUUUCAUUCACUCCCCCACUUGCCGUUCAAACCAAAACGCUACAAAUUCAACAACAUUUGCAGAUUCCAAGAACGUUUCUGAGUGGAAUCGCAUUGUUCAGGUUCUUGGCUCAAAAGGGUACUCUUCGUUUUCAAUCGCAUUGCACUCUGUUCUUGGUGGGAUUGAGAAAGAUUCAAUGAACUGGGGUUCUUCUGCUACGAUCUUUGCUCCUCCUGAUCUGGGGCUAAUUGGGUACCCUGCAACUUUGCUUGACAGAGCAGUGAGGCUUCAUGUUCUGCCUCAGAGGAUUACCUACAGAGAACUCUCUUCUCUACCGGUGAGGACUUUGCUGAAGACGGUGGUGCCUGGUGAGGAUCUUGAAGUUGAUGGAGUUCUGGAUUUCAUGCCAGGGGUGGUGAUUAGUGGCGUUGAGAUUGUGGCACCUGAUUUGUUCACUUCAGAGAAGUUCGUUGUUCAUGGGAUUUCUAGAGCUUUUAAGAUGGCUGAGCUUACUGCAUGAAACAGUGGUUAGAAAAGUUGAAGUUCUUACAAUUUGAGUGUGUAAAUUGUAAUCAAUUGGGUAAAUUUGUAUGGUUUUUUAGUUUCAUUUUGAUGCUGAAGACAUGAAAAUCUAGCUUCCUCUGUUUUUUGUCC